CACUUGUCAUGACGUGACCUCUGACCUCAACGACAUUCCAACAUGGCGACCCGCUGUGUUUGUGUGAGUUGUGCUCGUGUGAUGUUAUGAGGCUGUGUACCCCACCUGCCUCAAUGCCUUACGUCUGUGAUAUUACCUGUGUGAGCGACACCCUGACGAGUCUGUGUCGCCUAGUCAACCAUAAUGAAAGGAAAACUAGUAAGCCACGCCAAACUACAGUACUACCGACACAACUAUUGCCUCGUCUGUAUGACAGGCAUGCUGGGAUGCCGGUGGCAUCGAUACAAGCAGUCUACAAGAGAUAGUCGCAAGCGAGACCUGUUCUGGUUCAGCCUCUUCUGUCUGACAUUCCUCUACAUUAUCUUCUACUUCUACUUCUGGCUCAUCGUCAGAAACAGCUUCGAUGACCUCAACUGGCACAUGUUUGGACUCCUGCGGACAUGGGUUCCAUGGUACAGGAUCAUCCUGGGUCUCACCUGCGCCGUGUUUGCCUACUUCAUCAUAGUCAUGUGCCUGGUGCUGUGCCACGUCCUGCACGGCCACCAACUCUACAUCCACCCAGUCCACAUCGCUGUCAUCAUCUUCAGCCUGCUAGGCUGUGUCGCUGUCACGGUUGCCGUGGAAAUGAUGUGGCAGUCUGAAUGGACGCUAGUAUUACUCUCUCUUAGGAUUACGGGUCCCUUCCUCCAGAUAGGAGCAGUUGUGCUGAUGACUCUCAUGACAUGGAUUAUCUCCCUUCAGUGGUUUAAACUCUCACAUUGGGGCUAUUAAUGGCCUCAUUAGCUGUGUGCCCUCUGACCUGUGAGUGUGAUGAGAGGAGGGCAAGCGGUGCUCAUUUCACAGAUGUGUCUCAUUAUGUUCACUGUUAGCCACGUAAUGAGACAACUGAUUCAACUCGU